CCAAUAAUAAAUCUCAAAAGAACCAUUCCUCCCACUAGGGCUUGGUCAAUACUUUGUUUUCAUUUAGUAUUAAAGCAUUGAGAAAGUACCCUGCCAUUUAUCAUUAAUCACAAUGCAAUUGUGGAUAAUUAUACGCUCAUUUCGCACUUCCACCACCUGAUCAAUGGCAUUAUCCAUUCGGACCUCGGGCCUUCCGUUUAUUGUAAUAAUUGUGGAGCCGAUGACGUAGUUUGCGGCUGGGCUAGGAAAUUCGAUGUCGAAUUACGGCCAUGUAAGCCCAGUUUUGUGGUAAAAUAGCUCAGGAACGCACAUUCAGCGAUGAUCCGCUGGCGAAAGUGGUUGGGUGGUGAAUAAUACUCCACACCCACGUCGACAGACAGAGCGUCUAAAACAGCAGGGGCAUCAGUCUGCUCGUGCUCUUCAUCCACUACAAGACAGCCUACCCCAACCACAGAAAACGUGUGCCAUCUAGGCUCCAGAUUAUACCCCUCGGAGCCCCGAUCCGCGAAUUAUGGUGCCGAUGGCGAUGUGCAAUUACGCUGACUUACUGAUUUACUGAUUUACCCACUUGACGAUCCGAGUCGGGUGUGCGCGUUCGCAGACCCGCUCGCAAAAAUAAUAAUGACAAAAUAAACAAACAAAAAGUUCAAUUAAACGAUAAAAAAUCACUUAAUCAUUGUGAAUGAAAUCGAGCGAUCAUAUGGAAGAGCCACGGGUCUUCAAAAAUCAGAUAACUGCCGUACUUCAAAGAGCAAACAUCUCGGAAGUGUCCACGAGGGAAGUGGUUUCCUUCCCCUGCAAAAGUCAGAAAGUUCCAAAUCAAACCGAUUUCAACUGAACACGACUGUCUUCUGUGUACUCCUUUGUGAUUGCAAGGUGUCUACAUAAUUUCUCUAUGAAUUUCGAUCAUUUCAAGCCUAAUAAGAAGUGGUAACAGUUGUGGUGCUGCUAAAAAAUACAACAAAAUCUGAUCAAAAUUAAUAUAUACAAUUUUGAUUAACCUUAAUCAACACCAAACAUACAUUCUUUAAUUAAUUUGAAAAUGGCAAAAGGUGCAAAAUAAGCAUUAAACUCGUUUAAAUACUCGGGUCUGGCUACCAAUAAUGUAAUUUUUGCAAUUACUUAUUCCAACCUGAAACUAAAUUAGUGAAAUGAACUUUUGGUCUUGUCAAUCGGCCGGACAGGAUAGUAAUGUGGCCACCUUUUAACAAGGCAAACUAGGCGCUCUUAAUGGGCCACGCCCACAGCAACGCCCACUUUCGGGGAGGCGGCAGGCGGGGAGGGCGUUCAAUCAACCAACUUCUUCUUCGAUAAGCAACAGUUUGCUGCAAUUUAAGUUACGCUUUGCCACCUGUCGGCUGCCUCCGACCGCCAACCCCAAGGAGGACACUCGGCCGAGGCAUCCCUUGGCUCGGCAUCCUGCCGACGACAAAUUGCCGCCCGCCUGCGCAUCCAGCGUAUAAAAGGGCGAAUCCGGCCGCAGGAUUCAUCAGUUGGCCCAAAGGAGCGGCGCGCGUCUCUCAAACCGGACGCAUGGACCAGAAAAAUUUAGAAUUUAAAGUUCUUAGUGCAAAGUAUGUGUGGCAACUGAGAUUUUAGGUGGAAGAAGAGUUUUUUCCAGUUCAAUUCAAAACUAUUUUCCCGUCGAUUCAGCGAGGCCAGCAUGUGAAGAGCCGUGGGAAAAUGCAAUUUUCACGACCACAGCGCUAAACGGGCUGGAAAAGCGGAGUGCGGAAAAGCAAGGGACUGCAGGUGGCGAAAGAGGCCGCGGAAAGCCGUAAGUAGAGGCGCAGAUUCAGCUUCUUCUGGCCCCGGACUGAGUUCAGAUUCAGACUUCGGCUGGCUAAGCUCGUGCCGCGAUCGGCGUACACUGCCACGCCUCCAGGCACCACGGCCCCGCCCCUGAAACGCCCCCUCGACCGCAAGAUGGACCGCAGCGGCAGCUCCGAUUUCGGAGGAACGUCUGCCACGACGGGCCGCUCGAACCCUGCUCCCUGGAGCGACGACAAGGAGUCGCCCAACAACGAGGACGACUCCAACGAGGACGACGGCGACCACGCAACGCCCGCCAAGGUCACCGAUCCGCUGGCGCCGAAAUUGACCAACAACGAGCGCACUUUGGUUGUGUCCGUGACGGAAAGAGCGCGGGAGACCUGGGGACAGAAGGCCGAGUUCCUGUUGGCCGUGAUUGGCUUCGCAGUUGAUUUGGGGAACGUGUGGAGGUUUCCGUACAUCUGCUACCAGAACGGAGGAGGCGCCUUCCUGGUUCCCUACUGCCUGUUCCUCAUCUUCGGCGGCCUGCCCCUUUUCUACAUGGAACUGGCUUUGGGCCAGUUCCACCGGUGCGGCUGCCUCAGCAUUUGGAAGCGCAUCUGCCCGGCCCUAAAAGGUGUGGGCUAUGCGAUCUGCCUGAUCGACAUAUACAUGGGAAUGUACUACAACACCAUUAUUGGAUGGGCGGUGUACUAUCUGUUCGCCUCGUUCACCUCCCAGUUGCCCUGGACGUCCUGCGAUAAUCCCUGGAACACAGAGAACUGCAUGCAGGUGACCAGUAAGAACUUCACGGAAUUUUCCACCUCCCCAGCCAAGGAGUUCUUCGAGCGAAAGGUUCUCGAGAGCUACAAGGGCAAUGGGCUGGACUUCAUGGGUCCGGUGAAGCCAACUCUGGCCCUCUGCGUCUUCGGGGUCUUUGUUCUGGUGUAUUUCUCCCUCUGGAAGGGAGUUCGGAGUGCCGGAAAGGUGGUCUGGGUCACAGCCCUGGCUCCCUACGUGGUGCUGAUCAUUCUCCUGGUGAGGGGCGUCUCCCUGCCCGGCGCAGACGAGGGCAUCAAGUAUUACCUGACCCCCGAGUGGCACAAGCUCAAGAACUCCAAGGUGUGGAUCGACGCCGCAUCGCAGAUAUUCUUCUCUCUGGGCCCCGGAUUCGGAACCCUGCUAGCCCUCUCCAGCUACAACAAGUUUAACAACAACUGCUAUCGGGAUGCCCUCAUCACGAGCAGCAUCAAUUGCCUGACCAGUUUUUUGGCCGGCUUCGUCAUCUUCUCCGUUUUGGGGUACAUGGCUUACGUGCAAAAGACCUCCAUCGACAAAGUGGGCUUGGAGGGUCCCGGGCUGGUAUUCAUUGUCUAUCCGGAGGCGAUUGCCACGAUGAGUGGUUCGGUGUUCUGGAGCAUCAUUUUCUUCCUGAUGCUGAUCACCCUGGGCUUGGAUAGCACCUUCGGCGGACUGGAGGCGAUGAUUACGGCGCUGUGCGACGAAUAUCCGCGCGUGAUUGGCCGGCGACGGGAGCUGUUCGUCCUGCUGCUCCUGGCCUUCAUCUUCCUGUGCGCCCUGCCCACGAUGACCUACGGCGGAGUGGUGCUGGUCAACUUCCUGAAUGUCUACGGACCCGGAUUGGCCAUUCUUUUUGUGGUCUUCGUUGAGGCAGCCGGAGUGUUUUGGUUCUACGGAGUAGAUCGCUUCAGCUCGGAUGUGGAGCAGAUGCUGGGCAGCAAGCCGGGUCUGUUCUGGCGGAUCUGCUGGACCUACAUUAGUCCUGUAUUCCUGCUGACCAUCUUCAUAUUCUCCAUCAUGGGCUACAAGGAGAUGCUCGGCGAGGAGUACUACUACCCGGACUGGAGCUACCAGGUGGGCUGGGCGGUCACCUGCUCCUCGGUGCUGUGCAUACCCAUGUACAUCAUCUACAAGUUAUUUUUCGCCUCGAAGGGCGGAUGCCGCCAAAGGCUGCAGGAGUCCUUCCAGCCGGAGGAGAGCUGCGGAUCGGUGGUACCCGGCCAGCAGGGCACCUCGGUGUGACAUGACCACG